AUGCCGAAGGAUACCUUCUCUGCUGCUGAUGAUCUGCUCGAUGAAGUUGACGAAGCUGGCCUGUAUAUACUGUGUCGCAGGAAAAAAGGCGACAGACAACAAUGGAUGCUCGCCCUAAUCAUGGAAGGCGAAAGGUUCGGCAUUUUCUAUUAUUAUGAACCCAAGUCAGAUGGGAAUGGAGAAAUAAAGGUCGCACCCGAUCAAGUGUGGAACGACGAGAACCUGGUUUCCAAGCACUUCCUUAAAAGUCUUACAUAUCCACAUUUGGUCGGACAUAAAGGAUUCCACAACAGCGCUAUGUCGGUUCGUGCCUCCGGCAACGACAAGUCGUAUAUCGUUCGCGUCCUCCUUAUCCUCGAACAGCGCUUUCUCGUCCCCGACAGAUCCUACAGCGACUGGAACGAAAUUUGGAGAUAUCCACCAUCGUCAGAUGGCAGUGAUUCUGGUUUGGAGUCCUUCACGACUAGGGAAUCCGAACUUUUGGCUAGAUAUCCUGCCAACAAUCCUGCCACCAAAGCACGGCAAUCUCCUGCCUCGCGGAAAUCUCGUUCUCCUACUCCAGCGGCACAAGCGGGACCAUCUUCAGACUUGGCCUUGAAACCGAGCCGCGCAAGCACCCCAGCGACACCCGCCAGACAGUCUGCAGCCCCUGUUAGGGACCGUCCUGGCAUUGAUACUGCAGAAGCCGGGCCCUCUUGUGUGCCAGCUCUGGAUCCUUGCAGCCGCGCUGCAAAGAAAGCACGGUCUACGCUGCAAAAUGGCAGUCCUAAAACAACAGCACCAUCUACAGUCCAGAGCGGCCCUCUAGAAGUAAGACCACGAUCUACAGUCCGAACCGACCCUGUAUCACGGAGAACGCGAUUCGGAUUCCAAAGCCCCAUUCCAGACGCCAGAUUCCAACAUCUAGUGAGAGGUGACACUUCCUCAUCGUCAGGGCAGUCUCCUAGCUCUAGCUCUGGUGGGCCGGAGUCAGAUCUGGCAACAAUCGGUUUUGAUUGA